AUGACAACGUCUAAUGAAGUCUUGAUUCAUAGAUCAAGAUUUGUUAAUUUUGAACAGGGUAACAUCACAUCAUUAGCAUUUUCUCAUAAUUCAAAUGUAAAUAAAAUAACACCAAACGAUUUAAGACUCGCAGUUGGGAGAUCUGAUGGCCAAAUUGAAAUUUGGAAUCCAAGGAAUGAUUGGUUUCAAGAAUUAUUAAUUCCCAACGCCGCAGAAAGAUCUAUUGAAGGAUUGGUUUGGUGCAAUAUCCCUGGAGAAUCACUAAGAUUAUUUUCUAUUGGUGGCACCACUGUAGUGACAGAAUGGGAUUUGUCUACUGGGUUACCAUUAAGAAACUACGACUGUAAUUCAGGUGUGAUUUGGUCCAUUGCAAUCAAUUCAUCUCACACUAAGUUAGCAGUUGGUUGUGAUAAUGGAAAUGUUGUUAUAAUAAACAUUUCUGGUGGUCCAGGCGUUUUUGAACAUGAAAAUAUUUUGCAAAGACAAGAUUCAAGAGUAUUAACAGUAGCUUGGAAGACCGAUGAUUUUGUGAUUGGUGGGUGUUCUGAUGGAAGAAUAAGGAUUUGGUCCGUAAAGAGGGAAGAGUAUGGCAGACUAUUGCACACUAUGAAAGUGGACAAAUCCAAAAAGGAAUCCACUUUAAUUUGGUGUGUUUUAUAUUUACCAUUAAGGGACCAAAUAGUCACUGGUGAUUCUACUGGCUCGGUUAAAAUUUGGGAUUUUAAAUUUGCUACUUUAAAGCAAUCUUUUAAGCCACAUGAUGUUGACGUAUUGUGCUUGGCCACAGAUGCCACUAAUACCAGGAUUUUCAGCGCAGGAAUUGACAGGAAAAUUUAUAAUUUUACUUAUGAACAACAGAAUUUUAAAAAUGUUUCCAAUUGGACCAUAUCUACCAAUAGGUUAUUCCAUGCGAGUGAUGUUAGAGCUAUGGCUAGCUAUCAAUCAAAGGGUGCGGAUUUCUUAGUUUCUGGUGGUGUAGAAAAAUCUAUUAUUGUUUCGUCAUUAACAUCAUUUGCCGAUUCCAGUUAUAGGAAACUGUCUGUUGUUCCGUUUAAACCUCAAACCAUAAUAAACGAAGAACAAAGACUAGUAUGCUCAUGGAAGGACCAAGUUGUCAAAAUAUGGUUUAUUGGGGAAGAUGUAGUUACUGGCAGCAACAAAAAUUAUAAGCUGGUUUGUAAAUUAGUUUUAAAAGACACUGAAAACAUAAAUACAUGUGCAUUAUCAAAAGAUGGCCAAAUUUUAAUUGUUGGCAGGUUAACUGUCACUAAGAUUUUUUAUUUGCAUCCAACCAGUGAAGUUUUAAAAGUCACUAAAUUGGAUAAUAGAUUUUUGUCAAGUAAUGGAUGUAAGAACAUCAAGUUUAUUGAUAACACUAAUGUCAUUUUAGUUACCCCAGAAGAUGAAAUAUUUAUGGUUGACUUAGAAAAUGAAGAAGAGGGUGCCACUAAAUGUUUUUCUGAGUUCAAAUUACCAGAUUUAAAUAGUCACAAAUCAAAGAUUUCAUAUAUGGACAAGAUUAAUUUAAUGGAGGUUAGUUCAAAAUUUAAUUCUGCUUUAAUAACUAGGAUUUGUGGUGCUGUUGAUUAUAUCGACAUGACUACAAAUGAAGUUUUUCCGAUAGCCCGUUUAACAAACUAUAUUACUGCUAUUAAUUUUAACGAAAAUAGAAAAUCAAUUAUUUUAACUACUGCUGGCAAUAAAAUUUAUGAAUUUAAUGUACCAAAAAAUAAGAAGCUACAUGAUGACGAGGGUGAUACUGAAGAAAGCUCUCUAACACAAUGGUCUAAAGCUAAUUCGGAUUUCUUACCAGUACAAUUUAGCACACUAAAGGACAAAUGCUUGGGUAUUUUUCCAGACAAGGAAAAUAGGGUAUGGUUUUGGGGCAACACAUGGCUGUGCAAUUUUGAUUUUAGUUAUGAUAUUCCAACUAGUAGAAGGAAAAAAGUAUCUACUAAAAGAACACAUGAUGGCUUGACUGUUGUUAAUUCUAAUAAUUACAUAUAUGGUGGUGGGAAUUCCCAGGAAGUUGAUGAGGAUGAAGUUGAUGAAGAUGAAGAUGCCAACAUGGAUUUAUAUAUGAUCAAAGCUGCUAAAGUUGAUAGACCACUUCUAAAUAUUUCAUCAGAUAAUAAUAAUAUUUUCUACAUGUGUGAAAAAUAUAAACCAAUUUUGUAUGCUGGAAGGCUAUCUGCUGAAAAAAAUGAAAUGAUUGUUGUAGAAAUGCCAACAUUAAAAUCCUCAAAGACUGGGUAUUACAACUUACCAAAACUCAAGUUUAAAUAG